CUGCAUUCGACGCGCUUAUGACUGUCGGAUCCUUUUGUCGUGUUGUUCUAUUCUGAAUGCCACCGCCAGCAGGCAGUUACUCCGUAAGACACCACCAUGUUACUCGAAUCGCUGGUAUCGAGCUUCAGCAGAGGCGACUUGGGCGAGAUCUAUGCUGUCUUGUCGGGUGCCGAGGGUCACAACUCGCUCCUACUGAGAGCCUUCAUCAUUUUACUGCCUGCACUUGCAAUAUGGCGGCUCUUCAGAUUCACGAUUAUACCCAGACUCUAUCCGAGUGACCCUAAAGAAUUACCGUACUGGAUUCCUCUCUUAGGGCAUCUUAUCUCAUUCUUUGGCGACGCAAAUGCCCUGAUCACUCGGACCAGGAAAUACUUUGGCGAUACCAGGGAGCCAUUUGCCCUCACCGUUGCGGGCAUGACAACCUAUGUCAUCACCAAGGCCGAACAUGUUGGAGAGGCAUACCGGAACACGGAGACGCUUUCAUACGAGGUCUUCGUGCAGUCCAUGAUGCGAAUCCUAGGGAACUCGGAACCUAGCGUACAGGCCAUGUUCACGCCCCUCCCAACAGACAAAAAAGGCUUCCCCAACCCUCACGGGAAACCCCUUGGGAUCCUGUUCCGGCAGAUGCACAUCCACCAGCUAUUCCCAGGUGACAACCUGACCUUCCUAGAAACCCGUUUCUACGAGUUCUUCGACAAGAGCCUUCAGCUCGAGACGCUCAGGGAGAUGUGCCCGUACUCCCCCAGGGCCACCUCCGGGAGUAUCGUGCUCCCCCUGGUGCAAUGGUGCUCGGAUUUCUUCGUCAGGGGUGGCCAGAGCGCGUAUUUCGGGCCCAGGCUGUCUGAUAUCGACCCGGGCCUGACGGAUGCUUUCCUCAUCUUUGACGAGCUCAGCUACCAAGUCAUUUAUCAGUACCCGCGCUUCCUCGCGAAGAAGAUGAGAGACUCUCGAGACCGCGUGCUGAAAGGUCUCGAGGAGUACCUCGAGCUCCCCCACGAGGAGAGAGUCGAGGAUGCUUGGUUCGUCAAGGCGAUGGAGACGGAGAUGGGCGCUCUUGGAAUGUCUAAAGAGGACAUGGCCAUCGCCACGAUGACCAUUUACUGGGCCAUCAAUACCAACAGCCGCAAAGCUUCGUUCUGGCUAUUAGCCUAUCUACUCCAGACGCCGUCGCUCAUCGACAUUGUCCGCGAAGAGACCGCGCCGGCAUUCCGCCCAGAUGGCAGCCUCGACUUCAGCUACUUGCACACGUCCGUGCCGAAGCUCAAAGCCAUGUGGGACGAGAUGCUGCGCAUCUCGGCGUUCGCAGCGUCGGUGCGCUACAUCACAGCCGACACCGUCAUCGGCGGCAAGACCCUGCGCAAGGGGAACCGGCUCAUCAUCCCGUACCGCCAGCUGCACAUGGACGAGACCGUCUUUGGCGAGUCGGUCGACAAGUUCCGGCACACGCGCUUUCUCGAGAACCCGCGCCUGGCCCACAGCAACAGCUUCCGCCCCUUCGGCGGCGGCAGCACCAUGUGUCCCGGCCACCACAUCGCGAAGCGGGCCGUUUUCCUGUUCACCGCGAUGGCCGUGCACAGGUUCGACAUCCGCCUCGAAAAGGGCCAGCAGAUGCUGAAGGCGGACUUGGCGAAGCCCGUGCCCGGACUCAUGUCCCCCAAGGAGGGCGAGGACAUGCUGGUGGUGUUGACACCGAGAAAGACUGUUUCCUGAAAUCACGACGGGCAUGCUGGUUCGGAUUAACGUAGCUGUGGGGUUUGUAGCAAUAGCUCAGAAGUAUAUACUAAGAAUAGAAAUACCAGGCAUGAGAAUUUUGCCAGGCAGCAGCAAAUGUGUCUUUUC